AGGGUUGGUUGCACUCAAAGCUCUAAAGCCCCGCUGCGGCCGUUAGCCCGGUAACUUUCGUUCGAGCUUUGCCGAAUGUACAUAACUUUCACGUUAUAAUCAGCGAUGUGAGUUUAGUGCUAAUUGUUUGUGACUUGUGUUCGUCUAAGUUAAUAAGAAGGAAAGGUAAUAAUAUCCAGGCAUCAAGCCUGGGGUAUGUUGAACUCGCUUCUGCGUUUUAUUAGUCACCAUUCCGAAAUCCCGGCAGAAGACACCAAGAUGCAAACGAAAACAAAGAGAUAAAAAAUACAGAAAGGACAAAAGUCCCACCAUGUUCUCUUUAGCGGAAGGGUGUGGGUGUGUGAGUUUCCGAGGAGGACGCCGAACUCGAUCCCUCGGAGAUGAUUCCUCCUCCUGCCGAAGCUCAGAGAUAGAACAGGAGGUCCCGAAAAGGUUAGGUCGACGAGUACUCAAUGGAGAAUGCACGAGGAAAGCGUUGGCUCCGUUCCUAAAAUUCUGGAGAAGAGAUGAUGUGAGCAUGACAAAGGCAGAAAGGACAAUGAAGGCGGCCAUACUGAUUCAGCAGUGGUAUCGACGGUACUUGGCGCGAAUGGAAGUUCGAAGGCGUUAUACCUGGACGAUCUUUCAAAAUAUUGAAUAUGCUGGAGAGCAGGACCAAGUCAAGUUGUACAAUUUCUUCAAUGCAUUACUGAGUCACAUGAGGGACACCAGUGGACGGCCGUCCUCCGAACGAACCUCGAGGACUGCCUCAGUGUUAGAGCAAGUGUUUUCCGAGGAGUCGGAUGAAGGAGGAGGCGUAGACGAGACGGCUCCCCCGAAGCCUACACGUGGUCCUGACAUAGAAUUUCCGCUUCAGAGAAAGGAUAUCGACCUGCUGAUUGAAACUUUUAGGAAAAAAAAGCAUCGCCUGCACCCAAAACAUGUCGCUCAAAUCUUAAAGGAGGCUACGCAGGUGUUGAAAAGACUACCAAAUAUCAAUGUGGCUACCACGUCAAUAUCCAGUCAGAUAACUGUUUGUGGCGAUUUGCAUGGGAAAUUGGAUGAUUUGCUGGUUAUUUUUCAUAAGAAUGGCCUGCCAUCACCUGAGAACCCAUACAUAUUCAAUGGUGAUUUCGUGGACCGAGGCAAGAAGAGCCUGGAAGUGUUCCUCCUAUUGUUAGCUUGUAUGCUUGCGUUUCCGGGUGGAGUCUACUUAAAUAGAGGCAAUCAUGAAGAUCUCAUAAUGAAUUCAAGGUACGGUUUCAUCAAGGAAGUACAUCAAAAGUACAGGCACAAUGCGGAGAGACUACUGAAGCUGAUAGAAUGCGUAUAUAGAUGGCUGCCACUUGGAACUAUCAUCAACAAUCGAGUAUUUGUGGUACAUGGUGGCAUCUCGGAUACAACGGAUUUGGAUAUGAUUCGCAGCUUGGAACGUGAUAAGUAUGUAUCACUACUUCGUCCUCCAGUAACUGAAAACUCCGUUUCGGGUGCCGAAGUUAUCGACAAAGUUGAGUGGAAACAGGUAUUUGACAUCUUGUGGUCAGAUCCUCAGUGUACUGGAGGCUGCGUUGCAAAUGCUUUGCGUGGGGCUGGUACUUAUUUUGGUCCCGAUGUAACCACUUCUUUCCUUCAGAAAAACAAGUUGAGCUUCAUCAUUCGAAGUCACGAAUGCAAGCCUGGUGGAUAUGAGUUACUACAUAAUGGAAAUGUUAUAACCAUCUUCUCAGCAUCUAAUUACUAUGAACUUGGCUCUAAUAAGGGGGCAUACUUGAAACUCUGUGGCAAUUCUUUAGAGCGACAGUUCGUGCAAUAUACAGCAGCUGUGUCACGCACGCGACGACUCACAUUCCGUCAGCGUGUUGGACUGGUCGAAUCCUCCGCUAUGAGGGAACUUCAUAACCAGAUCAUGAUGGCACGGAGACCGCUAGAGGCAAAUUUCCGUAGCAUGGACAUAGAUCAGAGUGGUUACAUAACGGUUAGCGACUGGUGCACCGCCAUGGAAGAUAUAACACAUCUUGGUCUUCCUUGGAGAAUGCUAAAGGAUAAACUGGUGCGAACAGAUAAUGAAACACGGCGUGUUCGGUAUAUGGACACAUUUGAUCUGUAUGCUAAUAAAAUGGGCCGCAAAGCUGAUACUACUACAGUAGUCGAGACUCUUUAUAAGAACCAACGGAGUCUGGAGGCAAUUUUCAAAAUUCUAGAUAAGGAUAAUUCAGGAUACAUCACAUUGGAAGAAUUUUCAGAAGCUUGCCAAUUAUUAGGUAAAUAUAUGCCAAAUCCGAUGACUCAAGAACAAUUGGUUGAUAUUUGCCGGCUUAUGGAUAUAAACAAAGAUGGUUUGGUCGAUUUAAAUGAAUUCCUAGAGAGUUUCCGUCUCGCUGAAAAGAGUUUGACAGAUGAAGACGGCGAAUUUGCAAAUUUGCAAGCCACUUGACAGGAACAAGACCGCCGCCCCAGCAGGACGGCGGUCGAUAAAGAUGAAACUGGUGUCGAAAUAGAAAUCCUCAAACUAGACGAUCGAAAGGCUAACGUUAAAAAUGGGAAAAAUGGACAGGCUCAUUUAAUGGGCACUUCCAUACAAUGCGCUUCUAAAGAGAUGGAUGAUAUCGAAUUAAUUGAUUGUGAGGAUACACCUAAGCGGCCUGGCCUGCUGGAGAGUGAUAUUUGAAAGUAUACUGCCUGAAUUUUUGAGGAAUCUACUGAUCAUAUUUUCUAUAUACUAUUAUAAAUAUUACGUAACUGUCUAUUUAACUGAAUUAAAAAAUCUACAUGUGCUUGAAAAUGUUUUCUCUAAUCGUUUGUGUCUUAUAGGAAGUUUCAUGUCUUUUCUAUUAGAUCACGCGAAGCCUAAUAUUUCUAUUAAAAAUUAUAUUAGUAGAGAAUAAAAUAAUAUUGACUAUUAAAGUAUGUAGAUUUCACUAUUAUUUCCAAAGAUGAUUGUAAUGUACCUGUUAUAUAAAUUAUUAGAAUAAAUUAUAUAGAAAAAAUAUUUUGAUAUUCAAAUUAAUUCAAAAAUCGGUGCCAAGUUUAUUAAAAAACUAUUUAAUUGUACAACGUAAAUAGUAAUAACUGGCGAAUAAAAUAAAUUAUAAUUUCGACAUAUAUUAUAAUUAUUUAUACUUAAAUCAAUCAAUUAACGAAUGGGAACAAAUACAUUGAAGAGUCAACUAUAAUUAAUCUUUUUUUAUAGUUACAAGUAUUUUUGUAGUGGUUACUUAUAAAGUACCUAAUAUCAUCCAUUCAUCAGUAAUAAAUAAGAAUAUAUUAUGACUAUUUUGAGAAUAUUCAUUUCUAAUCUUGCUUAAAUAGAUAUACUCCCUUAGCAAUCUCCUAAAAUAAAUAUAUUAAAUUCUGAAGUUUCUCAUUUUCUAUAUUUCAUGUAGAAAUUAAAAUAAUACUAAAUUAUUAUUGAAAUUAAGAUUGUACUGAAUAUUGUCGAUUUAAAUAAAUAAAUGUAACUUUAUAUAAAUUACUCUAGUCAAAGUACGGUUUUGCAUACAUAUCUCUUAUAAUCAUUCCAAUUUCCGCAUCAGUGAAAAUAUGUCGGAUAAAAAAUUAUUCUCGAAUAACGAUUUCUGGAAUCCAUCUUAAAUUGUAGCAUGCAAGGCUUAAUUUUUAUUGUUCACGUUAACCUUUGCCCGUGUUUUUCAUGAAUUUUAAUGGAAAUACAGAAUUGCUUUAUUAUGUUUUUAAGAACAUAACAUAUUAAUAGUACAGUACUGUCAUAAAUAUGCUGCUCCAGUAGAAAUAAUAAUAUAUAUUCUAUACAUACAUAUAAAAUAUUAGAGGGCUCCCGGUAUUAAGUUACGUCGUAAUAGAUAAUAUUGAUUAAAAUCUGAUUCCAAAAAAUUUUAUAAAUAAUAAUAAAUUACAAUUCUAUUCUUAUUGGUUUUCUGGCCUGAUUUUUCUCUACUCAAAUUAUGUACCUGUAUGGUACUUUAAUGGAACCGUUAAUUUUUUUGUGAAAUAAAUAUGUUAUUUAGUGAUAGAUACGUUUGUAUAAGACAAAUUUUGCGCAUUUUGUUAAUAUUAUUAGAAAAUACUUAAUUUCUAACAAUUAUAUGUUUAAGUUUAGUUUUUAAUGUAAUUUAUUUCGUUUUGUUCUCGAGAAACUAAGAAUCAAACAAUCUUUGUCUAAAUACUCAAGAGACUCGAUUGCGGUCCUCAGCAAUGAGCCAUCGACAAAGAAGUUCCGUGAAAUCGGCCUUGUUUCACGGAUUAACCCACGAAGGUUGAUCUUUAGGGAAGAAAAAACAUUCUUUGUUUAACUUACAAAGAGUAGAAUAUAUAUUAUUUGAAUAGUUCUUUCACUUUCAUUCUAAAAUCGUGACCACAUUAUUUAAGACUAAAAUAAAAUGUUCAAAUCUAUCAAAAACUGAUAGUUCAUUAAAAAAUAAUUUAUUUAAAAUAAUUUUAAGAAUGGAGACGGCUAUAUACUAACAAUUGUAAGUAGUUAUUGGUAAAAAGUAAAUCUCAGCUCAAGUAUUCCAUACUAUAUUUUACAAUAAGUAAACACCACCAAAUUGCAUCUUAAAUCUCUAUACGAUUUAUAUAACCGUCCGGGACCCAUGAACUGUCUUCCAUGGAUGGUUAUAUGUGUCGUUGCCCUGUUUAUGACACAAUCUGUCUUUCCCCCUAAUAUAUUGGCUAUUUUAGAGGUGCUGUACGUGACGAUGGCGGGUACGAUAUAUGGACAUUUUGUUGUGAAAUACAUUGGGGCGAAAUAUACUAAAGGUAUCUAUAUAGGUAUACAACAAGACCUUUUUCACAUGUGUGAAAAGUGUAUUCAUGUGAAUAUACUUAGAGUAUAAUAUAUGUAUUAGUAUAUAGUGAUAGUGGAAAUCACAACAUAAUACUUUAGAAUGUUUAAUUUACGUUUCAUUUUCAUCAUUCGCCAUUUUAUGUAAAUUAACCGACUUCAACAAAGACCAGUUGCAUUUCAACUAUAUAUUUUUGUACAUAAAUGACAUGAUAAUUCUUCAUUAUUGAUUGAUGUUUAAUAUUUUUUCUUAAUUAAAAAAGCCUUUUUAAUUGGAUAUUUUAUACUUUUUAAAAUGAUAAAAUAUGAUUAUAUUUCUUUUUUUGCUUAAAAUAUUAGAUAACCAUUAAUACGAUUAUUUACAUGUUUUUCAACUUUAAUUUUCGACAAUAUAUAUGUACAUAUGAGUAUAAAUAUAUCUUCAAAAGAGAUGCCUGAUUAAAAGCAGACAGGUACGAGCACCUGGCGGAAACCGACGAUCUUUUAUGAAAAGAUUUAUGAAUGUGGGCAGAAGAGGUAAUUGAUACAUCCUUUGCUAAGGAUGCUUCUUUUGCAAGAUAUAUAAUCAAGUGACUUUCUUAGCUAUAUACUCGAAAAAAGAAAAAUAGAAACGAGUUUAUAGCUAAUAUUAAUACCGUUAAAAUAUUGUAGUCAUAGAAAGCUUAUACAAACAUUUGUACAGGUUUUUAAUUAUAAAUCCAAAUUCGAAAUUACUUCAAAUUCCAACUGUUAGGUACUGUAUACUUACAUUUAAGUUUUUAUUCCGUUUCUUCGAAAUAUUGGUUUGGAACAGUUGUAUUAAAGGCAAAACCACUCCAUCUGUUAGGCUUACCAACUUUAAGAUCGUGAACAGAUGUCCGUGCGGUACGGACCGAACGACCGCAAACUUGCACGCUGGGGGUACCUAUAAGAUUUAUACCUACUAUCUACUUCGAAACGUGAAAGUUAAACAGGCUACAUACGAUCCAGAAAUUAGGGACAAUAUCGGAGCAGUUGCAGGGGGUGUACAAAAUUGUCCAUCGCCACAUUCGUAGCGAAAUCAACGAAGAUUUCAUACCAAUUCGCUCACCGACUGAUUUUGCCACCUACCAGCGCUGCUACAAUAUUGUUCCUGAUUUUAGAAUCGUGUAUAGAUCAAUAA